AUGGCAGUCAGCACCAUGCUGGAUCAUGAAAAUGUAAAGCUGAAAAGGGUAAACGAGAAACUCUUGUCCUUGCUGAAUAAGUACAGGUGUGCAUACUUGAUGUCCCUCGAUCUUGUUAACUUUUACGAAGAGGUAAUCAGAAGGAGAUGCAAAGAAAGUGGAGGGAAGGAUCUUCUGGAGGGACUGAAGAGGAGGAAGCUGUUCAAUGAAACAUGGGAGGAAGAAGUGGUCAUAAGGAAGAAAUUGAAAAUGAAGUUACCCAGGAAUGAUGCACCUAUUGAUGUGACGUUAUAUGGAAACAUCGGCGAGGGGGUAGACAAUGCGGGGAGCGUUUCCCCCCCGUUGGUAGGGAGGGAAGACUGCAGUGAUGAAAGGCAUAGUUCGGGAGAUACACCGAACGCCCCGCACACGAUUCACCACCAAGGGAACCACUCCGCCCAUGGAAGCUCCAAUACCAUCAUCCACGAAAGGAACAAAUCGAACUACGUAAACCUGGGGGCUCUAGACUUCAGUGCAUACAAAGAAGAUUCCGAAGGUUGCGUAAAGUACUUCGAAAAGAAGAAAACACAAUUGAGCAAUGAUAAGGUGAACACAGACUCAAGUUACAACAACGUUGGUAGACAGCUACACCAGUCUGAGUUCAGGAAACGACCUCUCUUCAAUCAGUCUGUAUAUGGGUCAAAACAGAGCGUAAUUAAAGCCUCUUUCAAUAGGGAGCUCCCCCUUAGCCAUAAAAGUAUAUACAUGGACAAGCACCCCAAAUUGCAGGGCGCCAAAAAGGAAGACAUUCUCACUAACAGGAGUGUGUAUAUUAGUAGUGGAAGCGGCAUUGGCAGUGGCGUCGGGAUGAGUAACUUAUUGAGUAAAAAUGUGGGAGUUCCAAGAAAAGUUGUAAAAAAUGAACUACACAAAGGGGGGUUCGUUGCGCCAUCCCAUAGACCAAUAACUAACUUGAAUAAAAGCGUUUAUGUAGAUACAAAAGGGGUCCACAGCAGGGGCAGCAAUUUAAGCGAAGGACUGGGUGGCGCCAACAAGACUACACUGCUAACUAGGGAUAACUUGAAAAAGAGCGAUGUCUCUGUGAGCAAAAAGGCCAGCAUGAUGAGCAGGCCGAACGGGUUGCAAAAUAGUGUUUACGUGAAGAGGAUGAAUUCUACCAUGGGUGGUAUGGGUGGUGGUGGUCCCAUCAGCUUUUCCCCCCCCGAUGCCAGGAAGGGCGCCCCAAACAAAAGCGUGUACAUGAGAAGCAGCACAUUCGCUAUUAGCAACAAAAAGAGGAAAACAAGCGAAGGGGGAGAAAAUUUCAAAUGUUCGUCUGCGAACGAUAAGGUUAAAGAUGAAGGGAAAGUCACUCACUUGCACGAUGUGGUGGCGACUGAGGGGGAAAAGGCGACGUCCAGCGUAGAGGGUUGCAUCGGGGAGGAAAAUAACCUAGAUGAGACUCCUGGGGAAGAAAGGAAAAAAGAGAGUCCCAACAUGGUGGCAUAUUUUCACCUUUCAUAUGAACCAUUAACUUUGGAAAAUGUUGAGCUUUUAAUGGGCAGCGAAAUUAUCGAUGGGGAGGAUGCCCGUGGUGGUAGCUCACUCGGGGAUAAUCAACAGGGAGGUGGAGGAAAGGACAACGGGUUCAAUAUAAGCUCAGUAGAAAAUGUUCAACGUGGGGAACACUAUACGAAGGGGUGUCCAGCAGGGACAGAAGGAACCAUCUCGUCAGGUGAGCAUGCGAAGGGGCUAGAGAAGGAUCACCCUGAGGGGGGAAGCAACAUGAAGGAGGAUAACCCAGACAUGGGGGGAAAGAAUAAAAAGGACCGUACAGAACCUCUUAGCCAGCAUAUGGGUAGUGACGAAAUGGGCCACCUAAAAGAUGAUUCGUGUGGAGAGGAUGCAGGCGAGUCUCUCCUAAAAGGGGGGAAAGCGAUAGGUGGAACGUUCACCUCCGUGGAAAGUGGCCAAAUGGGGAGAGCAAAACAGACAAGCAGUGAAAUGUCCCUAAAAUUUCAAAACAUCAUUUUAAGCAUAAAUGACGAAAUUAAAAGGAAGUUACAAGGAGGGAGUGAAAAAGGUGAAAUGUUAAGUGCAUCAAAAGGUGAAGAAUCAAAUACAAGUGGGAGUAAGUCUGCUUUUACGAAAGGAUUGAGGAGGAAUAUACUUCCAUGUGAAGGAGAGAAGAGCAACGCAAAGGUGGAAACAGAAAAGAGUGUUAAUAACAACAGAGCGAAUCUGCACAUACAAAUGGGGACAACUAUAGGGUACAUUUCCCUCGACAUGGUAGACCUUGAUAAAGCUAUGUACGAAGGUCUCUUCAGUUGCAAAGACAUGGAAGGAAGUUUCAUACCAAGUGAGCAAAACGUAAAAGAUAUAGCCAUGUAUGAGGAAAUUCUCAAGGGGGAAGCAAAAGGUAAUUUUAAUAACAUCCCCCCAUACAGCAUAAACAAUUGCAACAAAUUAAUGUUUAGUAGGAGGAGCCAAAUUAGUCUAUUCAAAUCGUCUCAAGAGGUGAAAAAUGAAAUGAUGGAAUUUUUAGGAGUGUCCAUUUUUUAUUCUAUCAAUGUGGAGUCCCUCUUUCCAUCAGUUUCGCUAAUCAAUGAUGAAAAACUAGCAUUGUGGUUCACCAAAAAGGUGAGGGAAAAGAAUUUAAACAAAAAUGUUUUAGCCAAAUCGUACUGUAGAAAUAUUAACCCCUUUGGGGGAAGAAUUAAUAAGAGGUUGAGCUGUAUGGGGUACUUCACCCAACCAGUGACCAUCAUGUUGUGCUCCUUGAAACGACAAAGUGAGUUUAAAAAUUUGAAGAAAAUAGUUUCCGCUGUUGUUCUCUGUACAUGCGAUUCUACCACCUUAGAGAAAAUUUUGCACACCAUACCGGAGGGGAAUAGCAAAAAUUUUGCCCUCUGGAAGGAGGCCAUGCAUAGCCUGGAAAGCCAACUGGGGCCGAAGAGAAAAAGGAGCAUAAUUCGAAGGUUGUUGAGGGCAGGCGGGGGGGAAGGUGCACGGAAGGACGGCGAAAGGAAAGACGCGGGUUUUGUGAAUCCACGUGAUAGUGACCCCUACGUUGAAGACUCUGAGUCAGAGGAGAACGACGAGGAUGACGACCAAACGGGAAGGAAAAACAAACAGAAUGAUCAAUUUGAGUUGAAGACGUACGAUUUUAUGAAGGGAAUGAAUACCUACGAUGGUUGUCUAAGUGAUUCACUUUCCUCCAAAGGGGUGGAGCAGUUAGACAGUGCAGCAAACACACCCAUAUCAUCUUCCCAAGGAACAUUUACCCAAGAGAAACAAGACGAAGAAUUUUUCGAAACAUAUGAGGAUGAAGAAUUCUGCCUAUUCAUAUGUACCAUCCCAAAUGCUCACAAGAGAUUUCGCUAUCUUUUGCUGAUAGAGAAUUUUCAUUUUAUUUAUGACGAUCUGUUAAAGCAUAUUCACAACAAGCUAAUGAGCAUCGAGCUGAUAGCAAAUAAGCACCUCCUCUUAAAGCAGCUUUUCUCCAACAUUUUGUUUUUGUGUAAUUGGUUAAAUGAGCCGAGAAAGUAUCGGUGGUUUCAGUGGGACACGGUGGUGAGGAAGGUAGAAAUGCUUCAUGGGUAUUUAGAAAAUGGGAGAAUAUCAAGGGAUAGAUGUAUGCUGCUUCUUCUGGCAGAACACACAGGGGAAAUUUUCAGCGACAAGGAGAUGAACGAGUUGAAGAAGGUUAGCAGAUUUCACAUAAAGGAUCUUUACGAUAGAUCCAUCGACUUUAUUAACUCUUUCCUGGAGUUACGUGGAGAAAUGGGUACCGCGGAGUUUGCCCGGAGUUGCUGCGUGGGGGAAACGACGGGGGAGUCUGACGGAGACGACGUUAUGGAAAACCUGCUCAAGGAUAAAUUUCUCGAAAAAGUGCACCAUUUUGUAGAAAAGGUGUACGGAAAGAUGCUCCUAAUAAUUUCGCGCCUAGUUCUACUGAUAAAGCAAUACUUAGCACUUAUCAUAUGGUUAGGAGAUGUUAGGCCAUUUUACCCUCUCUUUAGUUACGUGGAUGAAACGAGGAAGGUCAAAUACUCACAGGAUUUGUUCGUAAAUUUAGUGGCCUUCUUUGAGUCCUACAAUAAAUAUUUUAAUAUGAUCCAAAGGGAUAAGGAAAUGUGUAAGAACAGCGAAAGCAAGAGACACACACUGUUAGAUGGUGACACGGGCAGCGGUUCUUCCCGACCGGGGUUCUAUUCGCCCACUUUCGAUGAUGCAUCUCUGCAGGUGGGCAGGAAUAUGCACACAACGCACGGGUUAGAACAUGCCUGUGGAGGUAGAAAGGCGGUUAAUAACGUGUAUGGCAAAGCGUUAAACACAGAGGUUAAAAAGAGAAAAUCGCUGACGAACACCGUAGAUUACGCAUGCGAAGUGAAGCGGAAAAGCGUGGAAAAGGAAAAGAGACGUAGAUCUGUUAGGCAAACAAGUUUCGAAGAAACAUGUGAGGCGGAAUUUCACCUGUCCGACUAG